UUCUGGCUCCUCUCUCCCUCCGUAGUGGGCCGCUCGGGGUCUGUUUCCGGGAUCUCCGGUGUCGAUCCGGGCCGCGGGGGUGCUCGGAGCAGGUGGCCGCGGCGGCGGGGUGGGGCGGCCGGGCCCCAGCCGGGUGCACCCGACGGCGUCUCCCGCGGCUUUGCUCGCCAGUUCGGUUCCGCGCUGCCCCCCCUCCCCCCGCCGUCGGACCUUGACGCCGCGCCGGGCGGACGCCGGGGCUGCCGCGCUGCGGGCCGGCUCGGGGAGCGGAGCGGGGCGGCGGAAGGCGCGGAGAAGCCUGGGGGGCGCCCGGACCCUGGCCGGACCACCAUGGCCGAAGUCAGCAUCGACCAGUCCAAGCUGCCUGGCGUGAAGGAAGUGUGCCGAGAUUUUGCUGUCCUAGAGGACCACACCCUGGCUCACAGCCUACAGGAACAAGAGAUUGAGCAUCAUCUGGCAUCGAAUGUUCAGCGGAACCGUUUGGUCCAACAUGAUCUCCAGGUAGCUAAGCAGCUCCAAGAGGAAGAUCUGAAAGCCCAGGCUCAGCUCCAGAAGCGCUACAAAGACCUUGAACAACAAGACUGUGAAAUUGCUCAGGAAAUUCAAGAGAAGCUGACUAUUGAGGCAGAGAGACGCCGCAUUCAAGAGAAGAAGGAUGAGGAUAUAGCUCGCCUUUUGCAAGAAAAGGAGUUACAGGAAGAGAAAAAGAGAAAGAAACACAUUCCAGAGUUCUCUGGAGCCAAGGCUUAUGGAGAUAAUUACUACUAUGAAGAUGGAGACCUGCCAAGGUCAAGGAGGGCCAGGGAGUUGGGUUCUGGAUGCUCAGGAUCUCAUAGACUGCAAAGUGAAGUGAAGACUGUGAAGCAGAGGAAGGAGAAACCAAGACAUCCACUGGAGAGCUUGGAAGAGUUGGAAGAACGUUGUUCCUCAGAGACAUCCUUGACAUCCACUAAUUGGAGAAAAGUAAGGGACGAUCCCCAAAUUACCAGGGAGCAGCAGGAAAGGAAGCAAUCUAAUCAAGAGAGGUCUCGGAGACCUCCACUUCCCAAGAUUAGUGGUGAGGUGUUUCUGAGCUCUGGGAGUGAUGACUGCGAGGCUCACAAUGGCCAUCAAACUCGGAAUUGGGCAAAGCAGUCCCGACACCAAGACCCACUUUCACCCAAGACCUCACAGAAAUCGGGGCUUCACUUCAAGGAAGCUGUAUAUGGGAGGGACCAUGGGCAAAGUGAGCACAGAGAAAGGAGACACAGGCCCAGGACUCCUCCCUUCUCAGAGAGAGAAGAGCUGUACCACUUCCAUGACCCAGGAAUGAAGCCAAGAGUGAUGAAAGAAUCUAUCUCUACUCCAUCUCGAGUGACCCACCGGGAUCAGGAGUGGUAUGAUGCUGAGAUUGCCAGAAAACUCCAAGAAGAAGAACUUUUGGCUACCCAGGUGGACAUGAGAGCUGCUCAAGUCGCCCAGGAUGAGGAAAUUGCUCGACUUCUAAUGGCUGAAGAAAAGAAAGCAUAUAAAAAAGCCAAAGAUCGGGAGAAGUCCUCUUUGGACAAAAGAAAGCAUGACCCUGAAUCAAAGUCAAAAUCAUCUAAAUCAACACACCCAAAGUCAAAGGAGAGUGAUGAAUCUCAUCGUUCUAAGAAUGACAGGUCAGCAAGGACACACCCAGCUAUUGUGACAGAAGCCGAGGGUCCAGAUUGCACACACUUUACAAACCAGCACAAUUCCACUCGUCACUUCUCAAAAUCAGAGUCUGCUCAUAAAGGCUUCCAUUACAAGCAGUAAAAAUCUAGGAAGCUGUCUUGAAAAUGGACUCACUGUAGCACAUACCUGGAUGAUACAGAUUGUAUGCCACAUUUGUUUUUAUCCCUCUGUGUUUGCAUUCCUAGGAUUUAUUCUCAAGUGCUUUUUGUAACUAUCAGUAAUUUCAAUUCCUAUUGAAUGUUUUUGCUAUUUCUGAUCACUUGGGCAGUAUAAGAAAAUGUAGCUUUGGGGUAGGGGCCACCACAGUGCUACAUGUAUAUUUCCUGGGAUACGGUUUCCACAUGCUCCAUAACAUGGUUUGUUGAUCAUGGAGUAUUGACACCUAAGGACUAGGCUUUAUGUAGCAGUGUAGCAGCUAGAAUUCAAGUCAGAGGUAUCAUUGGCUGAAACACAGAAUAAAAGAAUAUGAGGUAGCUCUUGGAGUUUGGAAGAUGUUUGGAAGGACAGAGCUUUAAUUUUUAUUCUCAGGAAGAUAGAAUAUUAUGACCAUAAAGUAUUUAAAAAAGAAACACCAGCGUCAUUUGAAAUUAAUUGUUCUGAAUACAUGGACCAUAUAUAUAUUUAUAAGCACCACUGGGAUAAUUGGCCUGUAUACCAUAUUUAAUACUUACUAUGUUGUUGCUUCUGCAAUAGCAAGGCUCUCAGAAGAAAACAAGCAAAGAACAUUUCUUAGCAUUUAUUGUCAAGAACUUCAUUCCCUGAAAUCUUAAUUCAUCCAUUUGUAAAAUCAGCUGAAAACUUAAGACAAAAAAACAAAAUAAUAAUCUUUAUAUCCUUUGUUUUGCUUUUGCUUUUAGAAAGAGCUAAGGGGAUGAAAGUAGAUCAUUUUAAAAGAAAAGAUUCUGUAAAUCUUUCUGAUGGCUAUAGACUGAAGGUUUCCUCUUGCUUGAAAGAGCAUUAUUUGUUGGAAACUUCUCAAUAAUGCUUUAUUUCCCAGUUAAUAAUCAACAUGAAAUUGAAUUUUAUGGAGUGGUUCUUUACUAAGUAUUUGAUUCCACAUAUUGUAUUCAUUUUUACAAGUGGGGCCUUCUCUUCGAAAUUCGGAUCAGUGUGGCUGCAGACUCAUGGACAUGUUUAUUUAUAUAAUUUAUCAUACUUCUCUGUUCACAUACAUGGCAGUCAAGCCAUAAUUAACAUAUCCUUUCAGCUUGAUUUCCUGCUCUUUUUCACUGUAUGAAUUUGUCUUUUGUUAUACAUGGAAUUUAUUUAGGAAGGAAAUAUGUAAGUGUCUAGAGAAAGAAGUGUUAACGUUUCCUGUCCUGGGAACUGCCUUCUAUUUGCCUUAUUUUCCAGACAUUCUAAAUAUUGGGCAGAAUUCAGAGAAGGUAUUUCAAACAGAUUCCCAGAGUGGAUUUGGAUCUCUCAUGUUGAGAAAGACCUUUGGUUUCAUAAAGUUUCUUUUUUAUUGUAGGGACUUAAGUAAAAGGCACCUGAGAAUUACAUGGAAAAAUAUGAAACCUGAAAUUGUCUAGUCACUUUGAGAAAAUAAAGGAAAGGGAAAAAUAACAGGACUUAAGCAGUUAUAAUGAAAUGAAUAUAGAAAAGUCUCCAUUU